CUAAAAUUUUCAGGAGAGUGGUUGGGCAUGCCUGCUCCUCCUCCGUUCGCCGAUCCUAACACAAGGACCGGGAAUAGAAUUCUCAGUGGAGUCAACUAUGCUUCAGCCGGCGCCGGCAUCCUUGAAGAAACCGGCCAGCACUAUCAAGAGAGGUACACGUUGAGCCAACAAGUGGUGAAUUUUGAGAGCACGUUGAACCAGUUGAGGACGAUGAUGAGCCCCGGCGACCUGAAUACCUACCUAGCACGAUCAAUUGCAGUGGUGGUGAUUGGGAGCAACGACUACGUCAACAACUACCUUCUCCCUUCUCUCUACACUUCCAGCUUCAACUACAAUCCCGCCCAAUUCGCCGACCUUCUGCUCAAUCGAUACGCCAGACAGCUCGUGGCAUUGUACAGUGUUGGGUUGAGGAAGUUCUAUCUAGCAGGAAUUGGGCCUUUGGGGUGCACCCCAAACCAGCUUGCCACAGGGCAGGCCCAAUCAGGGAGAUGCGUUGACUCUGUAAACCAGAUGCUUGGGAGCUUCAAUGGAGGUCUGAGAGCUCUGGUGGACAACCUUAACAAUGGUGGCCAUCCCGGUGCCGUUUAUGUCUACGGUAACACCUAUGGAAUUAUGGGCGAUAUGUUAAACAACCGUGCCAGAUAUGGGUUUACAACGUGGGACAGACCAUGUUGUGCGAUAAUAACGACUUUGGGACAAAUAAAUUGUGCACCAUUCAUGCCUCCAUGCGGCAACAGAACCCAGUACAUAUUUUGGGACGCCCUUCAUUCCACACAGAAUGUGAAUGCCGUUCUUGCACAAAGAGCCUACUCUGGACCACCUUCCGACUCUUACCCCGUCAAUGUUCAACAACUGGCCAACAUCAACAUUUAAAUAUAUUUCUCCUCUGUUUUUAUUACUAGUUUCGGUCUUUGUUUUACAACCUCUUUUUUAACUUGAUGCAAGAUGAUUUAUAAGUAGUUAUGGAUAUUGAAUUAUGUUGAUAAUGCUAUUGCAUGUCCUAUAUAUAAUGAAAUAUAAGUGUUAUAUCUGGUGUGUCAUCAA